GACGAAAAGAUUGGAUAAACCUCUUUCUCUUUCUAAGUUCGAAAGCUCCGUUCCAAUUCCAAUCUUAAUCGCAUCAUUUUUUUAGGACAGAUGUCGGAUCGCGUCACCGAUCAAAUCGGAACCAUAGUUCGCAGGAUCUCGCAAACCCUAAACCGCAAGGUCUCAGAGAUCGUCGUCCUUCUCUUCAAUCACAAGCACUCUGGAACGUUUGGAGCCCUCGCUGGGUUCGCCAUCGCCGUAAUUUUCACAUGGAGGUUCAUGAAACCGGCGCCGGCCAGGCCAAGGCGAAACCGGCCAAAACGAGGAGGUGAUGAGGGGAAUGGAGUGGGUUUGAGCUCGCAAGAUUGCUCCUUGGAGUCGAAUUUGAAGGAUUUGGAUGUGGUUAAGUCAUCAAUUGAGCUUAAUCUUAGGCAGAUUGUGAGAAGGAAGCUCAAUGGAGGCCGAAAGAUGACCUGUCAGCUGCUUGGAGUGAUUCUAGAGGAGAGGAGUCCUGAAGAGCUUCAGAAACAAGCUAUUGUUAAACCUUCUGUUUUGGAAGUACUUCAGGAGAUCUCAAAGAUUUGUGAUGAAAGUGAGGAAAGGGUUCUUUUAGCUUUAGAUGGUGCUGGACUUUUUGCUACUGGUGCUUUGACCAAGGACAGGGUUCUUUUCUGUAGCACUGAUAUGGGAAGAUCAUCAUUUGUUCGACAACUAGAGCCAGAUUGGCACGUAGACUCAAAUCUUGAAAUAGUUUCUCAGUUAGCGCGGUUUAUUAGACACCAACUUCACAUUUCAGAACUUGAGUUGGGACAAAUUGCAUCUAAUGUGUUCACUUCUAGGAGCUUAGAGCAGUACUUCACCUCCCUGUAAUGAAGAGAGAGAGAGAGAGAGAGAGAGAGAGAGAGAGAGAGAGAGAGAGAUGUAUGCUGUACAAGUGAAUCAAACGGCUGUUGGAUUUCUUGUUUUUAUCUAAAUUUGUUUACUAGGCAGAACAUCACAUGCUGUUCUGCUGCUGUUGUAAUAAUACUUUGCCCUUGAUAAAUGGAGAUUGGUUGUAAACUUCACCUCGAACUUUAUGGGAAAUUUUGUAAAUAAUAAUGAGCCCGUCCUUCUAUUU